AUGUUCGAGGAUCAAUUGGACGACUUCCAGGAGACCCUGGAUGCACUUGUUGCCAUUAGUGGCUAUCAACUUGAGAAGCUGAAUCGAGUGAGCAGCUCACAUGAAUCUUUCUUUGAUCGACAUGAGAAGACCAGAGAGACUGUGACACAGAUUUUAAAAGAUAUGGCUGAGCAAGAAGAGUGUCUGGCAAAGAAUCUUGUUGACCUGGAGGCAAAAAAGAAUCUGAAUGAACUGGAGAGCCUGCAAGAGGAGCUGACGCAGUGCAAGAUCAAGAAUGAGACGUUGGACUCAGAAUUAGAGCUUCUGCAGCGCGAGUUGGACAAACUGAGGAAACAGGAGGACGAGCUCACAGCAAUGGAGACUGAGAUGGAAGAAGAUACCACUGAGGUCAUCCCGUCUACAUUACACGUUGUGAAGCUGUACCAAUUAAUAACCAAGAUCAAGUGGGAUGUUGAUACAGACGCACCAAUCCUUAAAGGAGUGCAUUAUGGACAAGAUCUGGUAACUCCCAUCAACAUCGACACCACUGGAAAAACUCGUCGUGAGAUAGCUGAAGAGUUGUGGAGCUUAGUGAGCACAGAAUGGGGGAAAAAAUAA